AUGAAAUCGAGACCCAUUACACCAAUUGACAUAAAAAGACCAUCAACAUCAAUAAAAAAGAUUCGCAAACCAGAAAAACCAGUCGAUGCACUAAGAAGUACUACAAAACAAAAUGAACAAUAUGCAGCCACCAUAGCAGAGCUAGAAACACAACGAAAUACAUACAUGGACGCUUUAGAUGACCUAAAUCAGCGUAUUAUCAAAGAUGGAGACUUGAUUGCAGGUCUCAGAGAUCGUUUUCAAGAACUUUUACAAGGAAAAAAAGAAAAAUCAAGCAGAUCUAACCAAGAUAACCUCGAAGAAGAAAUCAAAUUAUCAAAAGAAGCAGAGAAAGCAAUCAUAGCGUUUGAUUCGCAGCAUCCUUCAGCUUAUCUUGCAGAAAAUCCUCAUAUUUUGAUGGACAUAACUUCUGGCACUUCAAACUAUUUUUCAGAAGUCGCAAUGAACAUCGAGUCAUCCAUAACACUAGGAGAAUACUUAGUAACAUCAAUGGAACAACUAAACUCUAUCUCUCGCUGUCUAAAAGCCUAUGAAUCAUUGAGACAAUGUGUCAGAUUAAAUAAUUUCUUAGAAACAGCCACAGAAACAACAAAAAAGGUUUUACAGUCAGAAGGAACUACAAUACUAUCAUCAGAUUUAGUAUCCAAAGAUUUCCACACUGUUAUUUCCACGAAUACUUAUUAUUUUUCAUUAGAUAAAGACAAGAGUUUUCCAGGACGUUGUAUAAAUCUCAAACAAAGUUUAAUUGUCAGAGAUCCUAUAAAUGACAAACUUUAUUCACCAUCAAUUGAUCAGAUAUUGAACCCAACAAACAAGACAUUGUUAGUAUCACCUAUUUGGGAUAUCGGUGUUCUAUAUAUUCCUCAAACAAGUCCUUUCAAAAAAUCUUUUUCGAGAGCUGAAGUUUUAAUUACAGAAUUUUAUUGUCAACUUUUGGCUCCUCUUUUAGCAGCUCACAUUCAUUAUUCUCAUUCCAUACAGCUUGCAAAUCAUAGAAGAGCAUUACAGAUAUUCAAGACAAACUUAGUUCCAAAGAAUUCAUUGAAAGCUUUGAUACCUUUUCUUUAUCAAACAAUACAAGAAUGUAUUUAUGCAAAUGAUGUUGAAAUGUAUAUAAUUAAUGAUGAUAAUUUCUCAAAAGUUACAAAUGAAGGAAAAGUAGACACAAACCAAUAUAAACUUAAUGGUCUUCCACAUUAUAUUAGCGAGAUAAAGAGCCCACAUGUCAUUGACAGAGUCAAUGAAAGAACACCUAAUUAUGUUCAAGAAGUUGAUGAAUGGGCUUUAGGAAAUUGUUUCUUAGGAAUGCCGAUAAUUUCCAAUGGAAAAGUCAUUGCUGUUUUAGAAUUGAGCGGAAAGAAUGGAACAAACAAAUUCACACAAUGGGAUGUUGAUUUUGUUUCUGUUAUUGUUAAUUGUCUUGCUUUAAUAUUGCCGAGAUGUUUGCAAGUUUUCGAUAAAGAAAGAGAUGAAAACAUCAUCAGAGAAGCAGCCAUGUUUUCUGAAAUUGUCUCUGAAUAUACUUAUUCUAAUAUGCUUUCAACAAAUGAUAUUUGCGAGAAGAUAUCAUAUGAUGUUUUUAAACUAAUUCCUUGUGAAUAUCUCUUGAUUGCAACCAAAUAUGAUAACACAAUCAAAACAGUAAUAACUCUCAAAAAUGGAGAGAAAAGUGAUGUUUUGUUUAUCAAUCCUGAGUUUCUUUCAAUGUCAUUGAAAGCGAAUUAUUCUAUUUUGUCAAGAGAUUUCACAGAAGUCAAGGAUUUCAGGCCGAUGAGAGAAAUCGAAUACAAAGAAAUUGUUGCUGUAAGUCGUAUUUACAAUGAUUAUUGUUAUGCUAUUGUUUGUUUGAACACAAUGGAUAAAUUAAGGAAUUUUACUGUUGUCGACAAACAUAUGUUAGAAGUACUUGCUCAGUUAUGUAUAACAAGCAAAGUCAACAACUCGAAAAUUCAUGAAAAAGAAACAAUUGAAAUGGAAAAUUUGAGUUUUCAAAAUUCUUUGGAAGUCUUCAAGACAGUUUUAUACAAAGAAAAACAGCUACAAAGCUUGUUAUUAGUCUUUAGUGAGAUGAUUAAUGCUCAUUCUUUCUGUUUGAUCGAGAAAAACAAAAGCAAAAAUAAUUUUUCAAUAUUGUUGAGUUCUCCAAAUGUUAAAAUUUGUCCUCCAAUUCCAUUAGAUGAUGUCUUAUCAGCAAUGAUUUUAUCUCAGCCUAGUCAUCAUAUAUUCAUUGAAAAUAUCAAUGAAACAGGUUUAGACAAAUCAAAAUUUGUUGAAUUGUUCAAACAAUUUUCUUCUCUUGUUAUUUCUCCAAUUUCAACUGACCAAACUUAUUUCAUUAUUUUUGUUACUGAUAACAAGUUUGCAAGUAAUUUCAAUGUAUUAUUUGACUUGUACACGCCAAUGAUAACGAUAUUGUUGAAUAUCUUCCUCAAAACAAAUCAUACAGAUAUGAUAAGGAAAGCAAAUCAACUCAAAAUUGAUGAAUUGUCAUUUUAUGAUCAUGAUUUGACUUCGAAAUCUUUCUCAAUAGAAAAAUACAAUGAUCAACAAAUCAUUGAACUAUUGUUGAGAGUCUUUGAAAGUUUAGAAAUCAACAAUGUUUUGUGCAGCAAAACUCCCAAAAUUGUUAAGUUUUUGGAAGAAGUAAGUAAACUCUACAAAAACAAUAAAUAUCAUAAUUGGAAUCACGCUGUUGAAACUGUCCAAUUAUGUUACUCCAUUGUUAAGCGUGGAAAGAUGUCUCCAAGAGCAAUAAAUCCAAUGCAAACAACUGCAUUGAUACUGGCUUGUUUAUUACAUGAUAUUUGCCAUGAUGGAACAUCAAAUGAAUACCAUAUUAAAGCCAAAUCAUCAUUAUAUCAUGUAUUUGGCGAUGAUUGUCCAUUAGAGAAUAGUUCACUGACAAGAAGUGUUAGAUUACUUAAAUCGCAGCCUUUCUUUGUUUGUAUAAAUAAUGAAGAGUUUUGGCUGUUCUUUAAAGAAUGCUUGUUAGCAACAGACAUCAAAAAAUACGAAGAAACUAUACAGAAUUAUCAACAAUGCGCAAGAAACUUUGAUAGUAAGAAUUUAAUUCAUUCUGUUUCAUUGGCAAAACUCGUAAUAACUGUUGCAAACAUUUCUAAUGUUGUUAGGCCGUUCUCACAAGCUCAGCAAGUUGCAGAAAAUUUGGAAACAGAAACAGAUGAAACAAAUGAGAAACUAAGAACGCUAGGAAUUAAAGAACAAACAUUUGUUUAUUGGAAAUGUGAAAGUGAUGAAUUGCCAAACAUUGAAAUGAAAUUCAUUCAAGAAGUUGCAACACCGUUAAUUAAAGCAAUUACUGGUUCAUUCCCGGAGCUUAAUGACUUAAAUACAUCUCUAGAAGAGACAAAAAGAAAUUGGCAACAGAUUAUUUCUAAUUUAGAAUAA